CUGCGGGCACCGUUUUAAAGCCACCUACUCCGCAAAAAGUGGACCAGAACUCAAAAUCGUUUUUAUCCCGCCCACGUUCCACCCAUUUCCGAAAGAAUAUCUUUCCUUUUGGCCUGUUAGUUUAUCAUUUAUUACUCGGAUUUUUUUAGUAACAGAGUAUUAUAAUCCCACUACUCUUCCACGCAGCACUUCCAUAUCCCGUACCCGUUUUUGGCUGUAUCUGCACAUACAGUUAUACACUGCUUUUUUUAGAGUGCCCUUUGGCCCAGUAUUCAUGGAUCGGUAGCUAAAGCUGUAAUCUUGAUUAGCUCAGAGUUGGAGAAAGCAAUGGCUAUUCAUAGUAGAGUUCGAUGCGCAAUGAUGUCGUGGUGGUGGGUGGGGAUGUUGGUCAUAUGUUGGAGCUGCAGGUCGGCAAUGGCGGAAGAGAAUUACGUCAUGUACAUGGACCCGAAGCAGGCUGUGGGUGACCGAGUGAAGGAUCUGCUGGCACGGAUGACCCUGGAGGAAAAGAUUGGUCAGAUGGUUCAGAUUGAUCGGAGCGUUGCUUCCCCUCAGGUCAUGAGGGACUACUUCAUUGGCAGCGUGUUAAGUGGAGGAGGGAGUAUACCACUUCCUGAAGCUACUGCUUCUGAUUGGGUUGCAAUGAUCAAUAACUUUCAAAAGGGAUCGCUAUCUACACGUCUCGGAAUCCCAAUGAUAUACGGAAUUGAUGCUGUUCAUGGACACAAUAAUGUUUAUAAUGCCACCAUAUUUCCUCAUAAUAUUGGGCUUGGAGCUACUAGGGAUCCUAAACUUCUGAGGAGAAUUGGGGAAGCUACUGCCCUUGAAGUCAGAGCCACAGGGAUUCCCUAUGUGUUUGCUCCUUGCAUUGCGGUUUGCAGAGAUCCUAGAUGGGGCCGGUGUUAUGAAAGUUAUAGCGAAGACCCAAAGGUUGUACAAGAGAUGACAGAAAUUAUACCUGGUCUACAAGGAGAAAUUCCCAAUGGUUCAACUCAGGGUGUUCCUUUUGUUGAUGGAAAAAAGAAGGUUGCUGCUUGUGCAAAGCACUUUGUUGGUGAUGGAGGCACGACUAAGGGUAUUGAUGAGAAUAACACCGUAACAGACAUGCACAGCUUACUGAGUAUCCACAUGCCUGCCUAUUCUGAUUCAAUCAUUAAAGGUGUCGCAACAGUCAUGGUUUCUUACUCUAGCUGGAAUGGAAAGAAAAUGCAUGCAAACCGUGACCUAAUCACUGGGGUCCUAAAGGGUACACUUAAGUUCAAGGGAUUUGUUAUAUCAGACUGGCUGGCUAUUGACAGGAUUACUUCUCCAGCUCAUUCAAACUACACAUACUCAGUUCAAGCUAGCAUUUUAGCUGGAAUAGACAUGGUUAUGGUGCCUUUCAAUUAUAAAGAAUUCAUGGAUGAUCUCACUUCCCUUGUAAAGAGCAAAAUUAUUCCAAUGGAUCGCAUUGAUGAUGCAGUAGGGAGGAUAUUACUAGUUAAGUUCACAAUGGGACUUUUUGAAAACCCCUAUGCUGAUCUAAGUUUGGUAGAAGAGGUUGGAAGCCAGGAACACAGGAAUCUGGCAAGAGAAGCAGUUAGAAAGUCACUUGUACUGCUGAAAAAUGGGAAAACCGCGAGCGACUCAUUAUUACCGCUUCCCAAGAAAGUGCCCAAAAUAUUGGUUGCUGGUAGCCAUGCUGAUAACUUGGGUUACCAAUGUGGUGGAUGGACAAUUAAUUGGCAAGGUUUUAGUGGGAAUAACGGUACACGGGGAACAAACAUUCUUAAUGCCAUACACUCCACAGUAGACAAAGACACUGAAGUUGUUUACAGGGAGAAUCCUGAUUCUGAUUUCUUGAAAUCCAACAGCUUCAACUAUGCCAUUGUUGUUGUUGGUGAGUACCCUUAUGCUGAGCUGGAAGGGGACAGUCAAACCCUUGAAAUACCAGACCCUGGGCCUGCUGUCAUUACCAAUGUCUGUGGAUCAGUGAAGUGUGUUGUGGUCAUCAUAUCUGGUCGCCCGCUUGUGAUCCAACCUUACAUUUCAUCCAUUGAUGCACUUGUGGCAGCCUGGUUACCUGGCACGGAAGGUCAAGGGGUGACUGAUGUCCUCUUUGGUGACUUUGGUUUUACUGGACGGCUUUCAAGAACGUGGUUUAAAACUGUGGAUCAACUCCCAAUUAAUGUGGGUGACUCGCAGUAUGAUCCACUGUUUCCAUUUGGGUUCGGGCUAACAACCGACUCCUCAGUGUUCAGAGCAACAUCAGCAGGCGUUGAUAUGCGGCCAUAUUUGUUUGCCCUUGUUCUUUAUGUGCUUAUUGGAUUGCAUUUCCAAGGUAUUUAUGUUGUUUGACAUCACAAGCUCAAGCAGAAGGUGGGGCAUUCCACACAAAUUGUCUGCGAUAAAUAUUCUUCAGUCCUGGAAGCUGCAAAUUAAAAUGGAAUGAAAUUUGGGCAAUAUUCUUUUUAUAUACCCAGUUUUUAGGAUCAUGUAAAAAAUGGUAAGAUACUGUACGUUAUGGUCUUAGACUCUGAUUUUUUUUUAAUACAUACAGUUGCAGAUCCAUUUAUUAAUGAGAGAUUGAUAGACAACUAAAAAGUAAAAAAA